CGGUAACAACUUUAACAGCAGUGAGUGUCGCGACUGUUAAUGUUAGACUGUGUGUCGCACUAAAAAAAUGAACACCGUGGAGAUAGAUAAGCAGAGCCUGACUGCAGUAAUGGACCAUGAAAAAAUUAUUUGGUUAAAAGAGGAAACAAGUGAGAUACCAGGUUCACCAGGUUCCAUUGUCCAGGUAUACCCCUGUAGUGUGAAAAUAAAGGAAGAACCACAGGAGACUGGGAAUCAAGAGUUACUUCAAGAUCCAUUAAAAAUUGAGGCUCCAUUUUACAACACAAAGGAAGAUCCAGGACUGAAAUUGAAUUAUCUGGAAGACCCAUUUAUAGCCUCGGGGUCCACUGAUCAUAUUAAGGAGGAUUCAGUACUAAAUUUAGGAGCAGAAGAAAUUGAGACUUUUAUGUUCAGCAAUCCCGAAUAUGAUCCUCUGGGAAUUAAGAUGGAGGAGGUGGAAGCCUCAACAAGAUAUGCAACUGAUAGUGCAAGAUGGACUCAGACUACUGGUGGGAGCUGUGGCAUAUCAUGUGAAGAAAUUUGUCACCAUGGGCUGGUCCUGGAUGAUUCGGUGAUAGACGAAGUCAACAAAUGAGUUUGGUACAGAAAAUGUGAUUAUUGAUAAGGAAUACUCAGUAGCCACCCAAUAUGACUGUAGUAAGAGGGAAAAGGAAUUACAUCUAUAUAGCUGUGAUUUCUGCCAACAAAACUUUCCUUCAAAAUACAGACUCAUAAUGCAUGUGUUUACGCACAUUGAUGGUAUGCAACCACCUUUGUAUGUUUGUAAGUGGUGUGGUGAGGUAUUUCACAGUAAGCUUAGUUUGAAAACACAUUUGAGAAUGAGAGAGAAUUAUCAUGUCUUAACUGCUGGCCACCAUGAAAAAUAUGACUAUAGUGAUGAGCAUCAAAGCAGUAUCUUCUUGGAUAGUGAGCCAGAAGUUUCUGUUACACAACACAUUGAACAGUCUUCAUAUAAGGAAACGUGGAAUACUUCAAAGAAGGCCUCUAAUGACAUGUGUAACACACACAUGACAAAUGAUGCAACAAGUGCUUAUUGAAUUUUAUCUACAGCUGUUAAUGUCAGUGCCCAGGCUGAUCUACAUAUUGCAAACAGAACCAACAAAUGUGGUAUUUGUGCCAAAUGGUUUGCUAGGUCAGGCGAUCUGAAGACACAUUUAUUAAUUCACACUGGAAUGAAACUUCACAAAUGUGAGAUUUGUGGGAAAUCUUUUACUUUGUUAGGCAGUCUCAAGAAGCACACAUUAAUUCACACUGGAAAC